AUGCCGGUAACCGUCAAAGUCAAAGACUAUUUCGAAAAUGACGACAAUGGUCUGUGGUCUUGGUAUCUGAGUAAUUUGCGGAGCGGGCGGUUCGAAGAGCUGACAGGAAACAGUCUUAAAAUCGCACUGCUACGACGAUUUCUGAAUGAACAACUUUUGUCCGCGACAGUACCUUUUAACAAAAAACUGUUGCUCGUUUCGAUUCCGGACACAGUUCACGAAAACAGCAAGCUACUCGAGAAUUUUCUGCGCGACUAUUUCCAUUUGGGCGAUCUGGACCACAUUCAAAUCCGUAAACUGACAGACCAGCAGUGUUACAAUCAUGAAAAUCACUAUUUAAUAUCCGACAACUUGAACAAUUUCAACGAUCGUUCCUUUUUGGAGAUGGGGAACAGAUCGCAUGCUUUGGCCAGCAAUCCUCAGAUCGGGCCCCUCACGUCGAACUACCAGCACAGCGUUUUGAGCGGGGAGACAGGUUUCGACUCGCUAAGAUCGUCUGUACACGACCAGGCUUCACCGGCGCCCCAAUUACCACCAUCGCAGGUUAUUAUGCAACCGCAGGAAAACGAUGGUGGCUAUCAACUCCCAGAGCCCUCGCAGAGCUCUUCACAGGUGCAAACGGUCUCGAUUCUCAACUCCAGCGACGAUUUUGAAGAUAGCGAUGCGGAAAGUAGUGAACUCAUGCUCAACGUCGGACACUCAAGAAAGCCGGUGAAGGGCAACAAUUACCAUCCUCUGUCCAAGAGCAUGGUUUCUGCUCUUUCUCAACACAACCGUUCAGAUAAUUUCACGUCUGCAGAUACUUCUGUGUACAGUGGAGAAAUGGACUACGUCCCGUAUGAAGGCGAGCGCUUAGCCCACACCAUUACGCACGAGGACGACGGGUCGUCCUCUGCAGCCGAUGGAGAUUGUAUUUCUGAGUUAUCGAGCGUUGAUCACUCGUUGAACUCUCUAAGUUAUCAGUCCGAGGACUCCGAAGACUCGCAUUCCUUGGCCUCCAUAUUUCCAUCUAUAUCCAUCGCAGAUACAUUUGGCAGAUUUAGACUUGUGCUGCAGUCGAUUCUCAUUCAACACCCUGAAACUCGUCAACUCUUCACCGCCAUUCGACAAUCCAAUAAUAAUCCAACGGUGGCUGACAUCAAUGAUGAUUGGCUGUUGUACGACGAGAAGUUUUCAAUGGGCAAUCUUCAGAUGCUGGCCCUUCAAGAUGUUCUGGGAAUGAAUCGGUAUUUCCCUAAGAUACUUUUCUACACAAUGGUCAUGAUCACCGAGGAGACUGCACCAGAGACACAAGAAUACUAUCCACUAAGUGAUAAAGAAAUGCAGAAAUACAGCGUUUCAACUUCGACGAUAUCAGAAAACACACUCAAACUUCAAGCAACUUUAAACUCGACUUUGACAAACAUGCAGACAUAUUCCAUAAACGAUGAUCAUAACAGCAUACCUCAAAAUACGAACGAUAUUUCUGAUGUGCAGCCAUACUCGCCUGAUUAUGGCGACGAAUAUGAUGAUACAGAUGACGGACAGGUUGUGCCACUAUAUGCAGCCACAAGGACCAAUUCCAAGUCUUCGGCACAUCGAUCAAUACGAACCAUCAACAGCAUUGGUGACUGGGCUUUCAGACAUGACAUGGCGUCUAAAAAUGCCCUUUCGAAAGUAUCCACCGCUGAAGAUUAUCACUUCUCAGAUGAUAGGGUAAAAAAGACAAUGUCGAAAUCUUCUUCCAAGCAUGGCCUCAGUAGGAUCGCAACACUUGGAUCGUUAAAUACAGUGGAGCGCUCAAAAAGUACUCCCCUCCCCACCAUCCUGAAGACAUUCAGCAGUGUUGAUGAUGAGGUCGUUUACUUGAAGAAACGAGUCGAAAAAUUCAAGAGGAAGAAGAAAUCUAAGAAGAAGCCCGAAGCCAAUUGCAUUAUUAUGUAG